AUGACUGUGAUUUCAUGCUUGUUCGUACUCAUCAUACAAAUUAUCAUUGUGAUCAAUUGUGCCGGUCCAGAAAUUCCAUUAAACUUAUAUCGUAUUGAACCAGAUUUUAAAUUUAGAUCCAUUGGAAUCAAAAAGGAGUUGGAACAUAGUAAAGUGCUUUAUGAUUAUUUAUAUCAUUGGAAACCGCCAGGUGAAUUAAAUAUUGAGUUUAAUGAACAACAUUCAGAAGUUGUUACUUAUGGAAAUUAUAUAUCACCCUUAGACACUUUAGAGCCACCAACAGAAAUUGAAUAUUUAUCAUUCUUCCCAUUAUCCAAGAAUUUUGUCAAUGAACUAUAUACAUUGGUUUUAGAUGGUAUUGAUAAAGAAGGUUAUGAAACAAGUCAUGCAAUUUGGGUAAACAUUCCAUUUGAUAAAGAUGAUUUUGAAUCAGUUCAAUUGGAAAGUGGUAAAAGUACAUUCAGAUUUAAAGUUAAUUUAAAACAUGCAGGUGACUUAUUAAGAUUUGUUGGUCCAAGACCAUUAAAAGAUACAGGUGUUCAUCAAUAUGUUUUCAUCUUAUUUAGACAACCUCAUGGUUGGUUUCCAAAACACAAAUUAAGACAAAGAGAAAAUUGGGGUACAGAUCAUAAAGAUCAUUAUGGUGUAUCUUCGUGGGCAAAUUAUUACGAUCUUCAACCUUUAGGUGUUAAUUUUUUUACAUCUUCAAAUGAAGGUUUGUUUUAA